AUGAACCUUAUUACUGGGUACUUCAAGCAUACAAGGAAAAUCAAGGAAAUUGGGAGCAAUGCAAUAUCCGAGGUGUAUAUUUCAACCAUACUUGAGCAUUGCAACCCCGAUGAGUACCUGAUAACUGAUGGCAGAGGAAGAAUUCCGAUGUUCAAAUGCAUCAGAAAUGAUAGUAAGGUUUGGUUCAAGGGAUAUUUGAAAUACAAGCUCGGAGAUAAAAAUAGAAGGUUCCGACUUGCUGAAGGUACUAUAGGGAAGGCAGCUAUUCUAAUGGGCGGCAAGUACUUCUAUGUACUCAUGGAAGAAUCAGAUGCCCCAACAAAGUAUCUUAUCUUCUCCGAAGGUGCCCUGAAAGAAAAGGAGGUUGACUUCUCUAUCUCUCCAGAAAACAUCCAAGAGGAAUUUGGAAAGUGUAAAUCAGAAGCACAUAGCCAAGUGGUUUUGUGUUUUUUAAAGAGUAUAAAGCCUCAGUACCAUGCACAAUUCCUAUACUUCUAUGUCUCAAAUGUGGAAGCCAUAUACGGCCAGGUUUUAGCUUCCUGGGCAGACGGUGCCAUGAUAUUCCACACCCUGACAUCUCCUCUAUUCCUCAAUUUCAAUGAACUCUUCUCAAAUCAAGCAUACCUCCGAUUGGUGUAUGGGAUUCCAUACUUUCCUCACACAAACUUCACAAUUAGCCAUCAAUGGCAGAAGAUCUAUGAGUCUAAUUCAUAUGAAUUUACCUGGUGCUAUCCUCCCAAAUUUCUUCUGGAGGUCAUAAGUUUAGUACUACUUGAAGAAAGGAUAGUGUUCUAUUCCUCUACAGAUUCCUCGCUGAGAGUGCUGCAGAUCAUGGAACUUAUGAAACCUUUCCGAUGGCCACACAUAAUAUGCCUACCUCUUCUUUCUGGAAUGGAGGAGAUUCUUGAGAGCCCUUUGCCUUUUAUCACAUGCCUAAGCAAAAGGUUGAAAAUAGAAGGAGUAACUCUUGUGGAUCUGGACUCUCUAAAAAUAUGUAGUUCCAAAAAGCAUGCUCUGCUGCCUAAUAAGAAAAUAAAAAAUGAAACAGCAAAGAAUGGUCUAAGGGAGAUAAGGAAUUGCAUAGAAUUGAUAGCAACAGAAAUAUUACUGUGGAGAGAACAUAUGAUAAAAAGAUGGGGGUGUAAGAUAAUAACAAAAAUACCAAACAAUCCCCUGGAAUUUAUAGGAAGAACCCAUCGGUUUUAUAAUGAUUUUUUCAGGACCAGGAUGUUCUUAGCUUUCAUAACAGAGGAGCGUGAUUACUUGUGCAGGUAUUUGGUUGAGAUAGGAAGUGGAUGUUCUGUUAUACUUUUGCCAUAUGCAUGGCUGAACAAGCACAUGUAUACAAAAGUCUUACGGCUGUGGAUAGAGCUGUUUGAUGGAGAUUUGGAGCCUGUAAUUGAAAAUCUCAUUAGGAACGAUCUCCUUUCAGAUGUUGCAGAGAUAGUUUUCAGGCGGCUGAGCUAUAAAGAAGAUCAUGGUAAGAUCGACGCUAUUCUCCCAUACAUUUCAUCUCCAACUCAUGAAAUGUACAUGAAUAUUAACGUUGUCUCUAAAAUGCCCAAGGUUAUUUUCAAAGACCUUUACUUUUAUAGUGUAUAUCAUUUGAAAGCUUGCGACUGUAAAGCUUUAGACCUUAAGGAGCUUCACUGUGUAGAGGAUUCCGAGUGGAGAAAGAAACAAGGGCUGAUGGAUAUUGUUAGAAAAGAAGUGAAGGAGAUGUUAGAAAAAAUGAACCAAGAGCUUUUUGAUCCUCAGAAAGAAAAAUGUGGAUGCAGAGCUAGUAAAUCUGCCAUACUAGUCACUGGGCCAGAAUAUAGAUUUCUUUGCUUUUUGCUAAUUCCGGAAAAUAUAAGCCUAGCACUGAAAUUUUAUGGUUCUGAAGACCUUCUUGAAAAGAAUCCGCAGGUUUACUGGAGUAUUGUAACAUAUUUCCUAUAUUUCAAUCUUCCUUUAGGAAGCAAUCCCGGGUUUGAUGGAGAAGUUGAUGUUAUCAUUGAUGAGCCUGUACUGGAUUUUCGGGUUGAUGGAAGACCUAGGUUUUAUAUUGACUUCUGA